UGCGCGAGAGAAGAACCACCCCAUCCCAUCCCUUUCGCGCAGGCGCUGUUUCUCACGCGCGCCAGGCUGGGACCCAGGCGCGCAGCGCUACUGUUGACCUCCGGAAACCGACUGCUUUUGGGAGACUGGGCAGAAGCAGGGAGAUGCGGGGAGGUCAUUGCGGGGGUUGCUGGGGGGGGAGGAGGUCACAAGAAGGGACUAGUGCGCCUGCGCUCAAAUCAAACCGGCGGGCGGGGUAAGGCGGAGAGCGCCCCCUGCUGGCAAACAGCGCCCCCUGCAGCCUGUAGCAAGCGCGUGACGCUGAGGUUCGCUUCGAUUCCCGCCCUCUGGCGGGGGCGCUCCCCGCCGGGCUCAGUCCCCAUCCUCCAGCCCUGCCUGGGCGUUUGGCGGAGCCGUCUCCGCGCUGCUUCCUCCCCCGCUCCUCGCUUGUCUGGUGCGGGCACAUGAUGCCGCAGAGGGAAGGCGGGAACCUACAGGGGAGCGAUAGCUGGGGUGUCCUGGAGAGAGGAGGCAAGGCACCUGCAGUGAUGGCCCAAGGAUGAAAAGAUCAUGAACUGGGCUUUAAAACCGGCCGAUUUUUCAAAAUAAUAAAUGUUCGGUGCUCUGUGUCUACCCUCUGGGGUUUGAGCCUUCAGGCUUCACAUUUUCCAGCUUUCUUUUCUGCCCAGAGGGGGGUCAGCGAUUUACUUUGGAAAACGAAAUGGAAGCAGAGAGUCUCUUGCAUGAUCACAUGGCUCCAGGAGUUGGGGCUUAAAAAAUAUCCUGAGACUUGUGAUCAAAACAGCUGGAAACACUGGAACUAAGGGACAGAACAAGCCAAUGGGAAGGUGUGAGGAGAGUGAAAUCAUCGUUCCUGCCCAUACAAGAGCUCAUUUCAUGACUGGGGCCACUUUGGGGGAAACAGAGCUGACCACCAUAGUGUGAGGAGACAAGUUAAAAAAAGUAGGGAGAAAGUUCCCUACUUAGAUAUAGGCUUUGUCUAGACUGGAACCUGAAAGGUAAAAGUUGUCAUUCAGAGGUGUGAAACUUCUUACCCCUCUUCCCCCCCACCCCAACAACAAAAGUUUUGCCAACGAAAAGGGCCAGUGUGAACUGACAGGAGAGCAGUCCUGCCAACAAAGCUACCACUGCUCUUUGGGGGUGGCAGUUUUUUGUCAGCGGGAGAGCUCUCUCCUGCUGACAGACUGGCUACACUGUAUGCCUUUUAGCGGCACAGCUGUGUCACCAAAAGGUGGGUAGUGUAGACAUAGCCAUAGAGACUCCAAUUUAUCCAUAUCUCUCCCUCCUCACAUCAUGCUUCUCUUUUUUCUCUCAUUGUGCCUGCCAAAAAUAAUAGGAGCUCUGUGAUUCACUGGUAUGUCUCAAUGAAGUGACAGUUAAAAUUCCCACAUUUUUAGAGACUUUGGAUUUGGAUCCCAAUCAUUUUUCUAUCAUUAAUUUUCAUACAUUUCAAGUGUUGGAGUAUAUUUUGUUGGAGCAGACACACCUCUUGCUUAAGCAGCUUAAAAAAUGAACACUGCUCCAGCUUCAGAAAAUGGACCAUAUUCCACAAACCACACAAGACCCUUUUUUUAUGCGCAGCCAACAGCACAACAACCUUUCCCAAAUCCAUGGUACCUCAGUCAUGUAUAUAAUCCAUACUGCGUACCUGCCCCAGGUUUCAGAAGUGGAAAUCCAUAUUUUCCAUUUUAUUCUGUUGCACUACAUGAGUACCCUGGAUAUCUUGUUCCACAACAUCCCAUGCACACAAGAGUUAACAGAAGACCUUAUUUUAAUGUUCCCCCACCCUCUCCUCUGUUUUAUCAUGCAACAAGGUUUAGACAUUAUAGUGGCCCUGGGAAAAAAACAGUGACCAAAGAAACACAGACUGAUCCUAGACAGCCUGAAAACAAACCAAAAAAGCAUCAGGAUCUCCGUACAGAAACGAAAGGCUGUGAAGCAGGAAAUAUGGCCUGUGUUUCUUCUGGUAAGAGUACAGAAACUGAAAGUACUUCAGUGAAACAAGAUUCAUCUGGAUCUUCUCUUGUGCCAGAAAGAGACCUUCAAAAUAAGGGGUCUUCCAGCUCUUCACAGUAUAGAAACAUUCCUUCAGGAAGCUAUGCUUUUGAGAAAGAAGAGGUCAGAAUAGAGUAUGGAAAUGGCUCUCCUGCAAUUCAGCUAUGGAAGUCCUUUAAGGAAACUAUUCCUCUGUAUGAUGUGGCAAGUGGUAAACCAGUCCCAGAGAAUAUUGUGCAACGUGACUUGUUUUCUGUUAGCUCUUGUGAAGGGGUAAUAUAUAGUCCUCAUGAAGGGGAGGAAUUGGUGUCAUGCACUUCUUAUUCAGAUGAACGAAAAACUGCUCUCUCUUUGAAGCAGAGUGGUGACGAUGGGCAGGAAAAAGAGGUCCAAAAUAAUGAAGUAAAACUAGAAGCAGAAAAGCAGGAAAAUACAAGCCAAAGGGUAAAAUCUUCUCUAAAUGAAGCCAGGGCAGUGCAAAUUGCUGAGCUGGCCAGAACUGUUUGUAACGAUCAGCUAGUGGCAAGGCAGGACACACUUUUUAAAAAAUCUAGUAUGAAAAGAUCUGCUUCAAAAACUUCUGAAGAGGAGUCCAACCUUGUUCAGCAAACAGGAUUAUUUCCAUCUAGUACAGAAAUAACACAUGACUCAAGUCCACCGCAGAAAAAGCUAAAUCAGAGCCACAGUUCAACCAAUGUAACGGAUAAAAGCUUAUGGUGUGAAGAAUCCAUGGAGAAGUAUGUUCCUUCUAACAACUGGCUAGCUUGCGUGGAUGACAUGGACACUAACUACAACUAUAAUAUUUGUUUGCCACAAAGGAAUCGUCAAAGUGUACUCAGUUUGUCUUCUGAUGAAAUGUCUUCUAAAGAUGAAGGAUCAUCAACUGAUGAUGAUGUACCAGUGUCUUAUUUUGUCCCUGACUAUGUGCUUCAGAAGAGCAUGUACGCUUUCCAAAAAAGUACAGAGGGCUCAGAGAAAGAGAAAAUUAAAAGUGGUGGCUCCCUUAAUGAAGAUGAAGUGGUAGGAAGGGAGCAGACCAAUAUUGUCCAUAGCCAGAACUUCAAAAGCUGUUCAGAAGUGAAGAUUAAAAAGAUGGCCAGCAAAGGUAGAAAGAUUGGGGUCCUCCCUAGAUCUUCUGGUCAGAAGAAAAUCUACUCCCUAAAGAAAAAAGCUGCUAAGAGUUUGUCUCUGUCAGAGGCUGAAGACUCUGAAGAAUACUUUGUGGCAGAGGAAGAGGGUGACAGUGAGGAUGAAGUUGAAUAUUUCGUUCAAGAAGCCACUCCAUAUGGACCCUUGAUCCCUGAUAAAGGCAGUUUCUAUAGACAGAUUGGACAGAGGGUGCUUUGGAAACCACCUAAAAAUGCCAUACCAGCUCACUUGAUUAGCUGGCCUGCUCGGGAGAAAAUAAAAACUAAGAGUGGGUUCUGUGAAAGCACUGGUCUGGCUUAUAAAUCAGGUGAGAAGGAUCAGGAUGAGGUUGCGUACAGUGAUUACGGGUACUAUGGAAAAAAGAGGCUUACAGCAAAACAAGAGGGAUCUGAGCAUCCGAGAACUUCACAGAGGUCUUCAAGAGUAAGGUUACUAAAGGAAAACGGGGCGAUGACAGCUGAUGAGUACUGGAUUAGAAGUGGCGCUAAACCCAAAUUUGCCAGCCUGAUUCAUGGUAGCCUAUCACCCCCAACCAAAAGCAAACAACAAGGUAAUCUGUUUUUGGAUAAACCAAAAAGGAAAAAGAUAGGCAAACCCCCUUACAAACGUAGAGAUACAAGAUGUGAGGCAGAAGACAUUCAAGUGUGGGAAAUGCCUAAACCCAGUGCACGCAAAGGGUGUGGAUCAAAGAGGUCUCUCUACAAAAGAAGAUAAUCUGACUAUUACAAAUGAAGGGGGGAAAUAUGAUUAUUGUUACAAAUGCUGGGGGAAGAACACAAACAUACUGAGGUUGCAUGUCUCUUAAUCUUUCAAAUGAGUCCAUCAGUAGCUUUUUUUUUUGUAUAAAUCUUUCUAAGCUACUAUGCACAGUUAAAGGGCAAGAUGUAACACGGUAAAGAGUUGAAGUACACUAUAUUAAAUAAAAGGAACACUUGAAAUAAAGCACUCUAAAGUGUACAUAAGCACACUUGCUUAAAAGCAAUAAAGCUAACAGAAUUGCACUGAUGUAUGGGUUUUCUUUCCUGAAUACUGAAGUAAAACCUUAAGGUAGGGAUGGAUUGUCUGUACUGGUAAGCAACUGCACUUACCUGCCUACCUUCCUACCAUAUUGUUCUAAAC